GGAAGUGUAAGAUUUUGUUUACGUCACGUUUUCUACCCUUCUUCCGCCGGCAAAACCGGGAUUUGCGGAAUAAUUCAGUGGGUUGGCGUUCUUUUAAAUCAUCUUCCAUCCACCACGGGCUAUGGCCAAGUUUCUAGCCCCCGUGAUCCAGGAUAACCCCUCAGGAUGGGGUCCCUGUGCAGUUCCCGAUAAGUUCAAAGACAUGCCCUACCAGCCAUUCAGCAAAGGAGAUCGUCUGGGCAAGGUUGCUGACUGGACCGGUGCUACCUACCAGGACAAGAGAUACACAAAUAAGUACUCGUCUCAGUUUGGAGGGGGCAGCCAGUAUGCCUACUUCCAUGAGGAGGAUGAGACCAGCUUCCAGCUGGUGGACACGGCCAAGACUCAGAAGACGGCCUACCAGAGGAACCGCCUUAGGUUUGCUCAGACAUCUUUUCAGAGGAAUCUGCGCAGAGAUAAGGACCGCAGGAACGUCGCUCAGUUCAACAUGCAGACCCUGCCCAAGAGUGCUAAGCAAAAGGAGAGGGACCGCAUGCGUCUGCAGAAGAAGUUCCAGAAGCAGUUUGGCGUGCGCCAGAAGUGGGACCAGAAGUCACAGGCCCAGCUGAAGCCAAGGGACUCGUCAGUAGAGGUGCGUAGCGACUGGGAGGUCAAGGAGGAGAUGGACUUCCCCCGUUUGAUGAAAAUGAGAUACAUGGAGGUGGCUGACCCCCUAGACAUCGAGUGCUGUGGAGCUCUGGAAUACUACGACAAGGCCUUUGACCGCAUCACCACGCGUAAUGAGAAACAGCUGAAGAGCAUCAAGAGGAUCUUCCACACGGUCACCACCACUGACGACCCGGUCAUCCGCAAGCUGGCCAAGACCCAGGGCAAUGUGUUUGCUACCGAUGCCAUCCUGGCCACCCUGAUGUGUUGCACGCGCUCAGUCAACUCUUGGGACAUCAUCGUGCAGCGAGUGGGGAACAAGUUGUUCUUCGACAAGAGAGACAACUCUGACUUUGAUCUGCUGACCGUGAGUGAGACGGCCAACGAGCCACCGCAGGACGAGGGCAACUCCUUCAACUCGCCACGCAACCUGGCCAUGGAGGCCACCUACAUCAACCAUAACUUCAGCCAGCAGUGCCUCAAGAUGGGAGGAGAGAGGCACAAGUUCCCCAACCCCAACCCCUUCGUGGAGGAGGACAUGGACAAGAAUGAAGUGGCCUCUGUGGCCUACAGGUACCGGCGGUGGAAGCUUGGGGAGGACAUUGAUCUGAUCGUCCGCUGUGAGCAUGAUGGUGUGAUGACUGGAGCCAGCGGGGAGGUGUCCUUCAUCAACGUCAAGACCCUCAACGAGUGGGACUCCAGAUAUUGUAAUGGAGUAGACUGGCGUCAGAAGCUGGACUCUCAGAGGGGAGCCGUUCUGGCCACAGAGCUGAAGAACAACAGCUACAAGCUGGCCCGCUGGACCUGCUGCGCCAUGCUGGCUGGGUCAGAGUACCUGAAACUGGGGUACGUGUCCCGCUACCACGUGAAGGACUCGGCGCGCCACGUCAUCCUAGGCACUCAGCAGUUCAAGCCCAACGAGUUUGCCAGCCAGAUCAACCUGAGCAUGGAGAACGCCUGGGGCAUCCUCCGCUGCGUCAUUGACAUUUGCCGCAAGCUGGACGAGGGCAAGUACCUCAUCCUCAAGGACCCCAACAAGCAAGUUAUCCGCAUCUACAGCCUGCCAGACGGCACCUUCAGCUCCGACGAAGAUGAGGAUGAGGAGGAAGAUGAAGAGGACGAGGAGGACGAAGAUGAGGAGAACUGAAGAGCGGGAGAUGGAAGCCAAACCCAAGACCAAACGGGUCGGUGCUGUCCAGGCCCUAACCCGCAUCUCAUCGGAGUGGCUUGAGCACAUGUGUCAAGUGUUGAGACCCAUUAAAGAUGGAGUGAUGUUGCAAAGCCCA